CUGGGUACACAACUACGUGUUAGUUUUCACUAUUUAUAAAUAAAAUCGAAUUGUAAAAAUUAAAAUAUCUCUAAAGAGAUUAAACUAAUUUCACCGAUAUUAAAAUAUGUAUUAAGUUAGAAUCAUAAAUAUAAUGAAUUUCAAUGAAGUGAUCAUUUUAUAGAUAGGAUUAAAUAAUAAAAUUCUGUGAACGAAAAUUUUCCCAUUGAAUAUCAAUAUUUCUCGAGUGAUGAUUUUUUCUUCAAUCUCUAAACUCCUUCAUAUUUGCCAUCCGAGGAAAUUGUUCAUAAUGCUGCUGUGCUUAGGAUUGAUGCUUUACUUAUAUGCAACAUAUGCUACAGAUCAAAUUGACAAAGAAUUUGCUUCAGUUAUUGAAAAUGACACAUUAACAGUAUGCAAAGAGAAUUUUAGUGAUAAAAGACAGUUUGUGUACGUUCCUCAAGAUCCAGUAUCUAAUAUUGUAACAUCAACAACUCAAACCUCUAGUCAUGUUGAAAAACUCCCUAAGAUAUAUUUCGUAACACCAACAUACCCGAGACGAGAGCAAAUGGCUGAGUUGACAAGACUAGGCCAAACACUUAUGCACGUUCAAAAUAUUGUUUGGAUAGUUGCAGAUGAUUCAGAAUCUUGUAAUCCUAGAUUAGAUACUCUUUUAAGUAAUCUUGGACUGCCCUAUAUCCACUUAUCAAGUCCAAUGCCGUUCAUGUACAAAUCUCACAAAUCUAUUCCACGAGGAGUUUCAAAUCGUCGAGCUGCUUUGAGUUGGAUUAAAAGUAACAAAAUUACUGAUGGUGUCUUGUAUUUUGGUGACGAUGAUAAUACAUUUGACUUGAGACUUUUCUCUGAAAUAAGGCAUACACAAAAGGUUUCAAUGUUUCCAGUGGGAUUGAUCGGAGAUUACAGCAUUAGUUCACCAAUUAUCAAAAAUAAUAAAGUUGUAGCGUUCUUUGACUCUUGGCCUGCUAAACGUACAUGGCCUGUGGAUAUGGCUGGAUUUGCUGUGAAUCUUGGUUAUCUGGCGAAAUAUCCUAACGCAACGAUGCCUUAUAAGGCAGGAUACGAAGAAGAUGCUUUUCUGAAAAGUAUAGGAUUGAAGAUUAAUGAAAUUGAACCGUUAGCACUUGGUUGCACAGAGGUUUAUGUCUGGCACACCCAAACAACUAAAACAAAAGCGCCACUUAUCAAAGUCGCAAAAGAUACUUUAAAAAAUUCGAAAUCUAACUUGAUGUUGCUUCUAACAACUCUCAGCGAAAUGGGUGUCAAUCAUUUUAGUGGCUCAGGAGGUGUUAAAGCGAUUGUCAGCAGAGAUGGAAAAUCUAAAUCUUUAAUUUCUUGGGCUCAUUAACUUAAUGAGAACAAACAAAAAUAAUAAUCCAAUGGGAGUGUGGUUGCCGAAAUUUGAGGAUAAUAUAAAAUAAAUUAUUUCGUUUUGUUUUCACAACGACAAUGAGAUUUUGUAAAAAUCUUAAAUAGAGCAGAAAGCCUUUAAAAUAAUCUAGAAUGAAUCCUUAUGAAAAACGCUUAUGAGUUAAAAGAUUGUUUUGAUUUUUUUUCGAAAAAAAAUUACUUAAAUUAAAGGGAAUUGGAGAAAUUUCGGGAAGGUGUUCUUUUGGUUUCGUUUGAUUCACAAAUUGAUUUAUAUUUCAAACAAAUUCUGACCAAAAACUUAUCUUAUAAACACACAAUUAAUGAAUUCUCUUCGAAUAAUCAUUUUGAGUCUCCUGUAAUUAAGAAAUCUCAUUUACAAUAUACAAUAAUAUUUUAACUACCUAAUAAUGGGUUAAAUAUGUUCAUCAAUAAAAAGAAUGACAAGACGCACAUCAAACGCAGGAUCCGACACUUAAUAAGAAUUUCUCAUUUUUUAAAUAUUUUCGUAGAAGUGAAUAGUUAAUGAAAAAUUUAGAAACAAAAAGAAUUUAAUGAAUGAUUUUUCGAUUUCUCUUGUGAUUUUUGCGGAUAUUCUGUUAUAUAAAUAAAUUAAAUUACCAAUUAAAAUAUUAUAAAUAUUUAAAAAAAAUCUUCUUCUAGUAAAAUGAAAAGAAAUUCUUCUUUUGCUUUAAGAAAUUUUUUACCAUGCACCAUAAGACAUACAGAAAUUAUAUUAUUUAAUAAGAAUGAUAAUAAUUAUACCCAUUUAAAUUAUGUACACAAAUAGACAAGAAAUUCAUAAAACAAUUGAUC